UAUUGGUAUGAUGGUGAGGAACUAGGGGAACUCCCUCUGGACUUUGAUGUCAUUUGGGAUGGAGAUUUUGCCAUUGACAAGCCACCAGGAUUCAAAGCUCUCUUGUACAAGUGUUCAGCCCAGCGCUCUAGCUGUGGGCUGUGCCUCAAAUCAGACCCACGUUAUGAGUGUGGUUGGUGUGUACCUGAACGUCGCUGUCUUUUGCGCCCCCACUGUCCAGCUUCCCGACAGAAUUGGGUGCCACCUGGCCGGCGUGGGGCCCGUUGUACCCACCCUCGUAUAACACAAGUAUUGCCACUGACUGGCCCCAAGGAAGGUGGGACUCGGGUGACAGUUUGGGGUGAGAACCUGGGGCUUCAUUUCUAUGAGGUCGGCGUACGGGUGGCAGGUGUCCGAUGUAGCUCUCUUCCUGCAGAAUACAUCAGCGCUGAGAGGCUGGUGUGUGAACUUGAGCCGUCGCUUUUGCCAGAUCCUCCCCCAGGUCCCGUGGAGCUCUGCGUAGGGGACUGCAGCGCUGACUAUCGGACCCAGUCGGAUACUCCUUUCACCUUUGUGACCCCCAGCUUUUUUGGGGUGGACCCAGAACGAGGUCCCACCUCAGGUGGGACAAAAAUCAGCCUCCUAGGAAACCAUCUGGAUGCUGGGAGCAAUGUCACAGUUGCAAUUCGGGGAGCACCAUGUCGACUAAUCAGGCGUAGCGCAGAGGAGAUUGUCUGCCUGUCUCCCCCCUCGGCGUUAGGCCCAGGCCCUGCCAAUCUCAGUCUUCGCAUUGACCGUGCCAACAUCAGCACAAAUGGGACUGUCUCCUUCCGCUAUAGUCCUGACCCAGUGGUCACAGCGGUAGAGCCUGCUUGGAGCAUUGCAAAUGGUAGCACCAGCCUCACAGUGAGCGGGACCCACCUCUUGACAAUUCAAGAACCACGGGUUCGAGCUGCUUAUGGCGGGAUAGAAACCAUCAAUAGUUGCCAGGUGCUAAAUGACUCCAUAAUGUUGUGCAAGGCCCCGGGCAUUAUACCUAGGGAGCAGGCACUGCCCCUUGGAGGUGCUCACCCUGAUGAGUUUGGCUUCCUCUUGGACGAUGUGGCUGCUACCCGUACCCUGAACCGUUCUGCUUUUACGUACUACCCAGACCCCACCUUUGAGACGUUUGGGCCCAGUGGCAUACUGGAAAUUAAACCUGGAUCCCAUGUUGUCCUCAAGGGCCGGAACCUGAUCCCUGCAGUAUCUGGCAGUACGCGACUCAACUACACAGUGCUGAUUGGUGGAGAACCUUGCACCCUGACUGUCUCAGAAACCCAACUGUUGUGUGAUUCGCCAAGCCAAACUGGAGAGCAACCAGUCAUGAUCCUAGUGGGAGGUCUGUCAUUCUCUCCAGGCACCCUACACAUCUAUCCUGAGGCAGCCUUGCCUUUGCCAGCUCUAGUUGGCUUAGGGGCAGGAGGAAGCCUCCUUCUGGGGGCUAUCAUUGGGGUGCUGGUAGCCUAUAAACGGAAGACACGGGAUGCAGAUCGUACUCUGAAGCGCCUGCAGCUGCAGAUGGACAACCUAGAGUCACGGGUAGCUCUGGAAUGCAAGGAAGCUUUUGCUGAGUUGCAGACAGAUAUAAAUGAGCUGACAAACAACAUGGAUGGAGUGAAGAUCCCAUUCCUGGAUUAUCGGACAUAUGCAAGGCGUGUGCUCUUUCCAGGGGUGGAUGAUCACCCAGCACUGCAAGAAACUAGUACACCACCAAGCACAGAGAAAGGGCUCCGACUCUUUGGGCAGUUGCUGCACACUCGGCCUUUCCUGCUGACCUUCAUCCACACCCUGGAAGGCCAGCGAGGUUUCUCCAUGCGAGAUAGAGGCGCUGUUGCUUCUCUGACAAUGGUGGCCCUGCAGGGCAGGCUUGACUAUGCUACUGGGGUGCUGAAGCAGCUGCUGGCUGACCUCAUUGAGAAGAAUCUGCAGAACCGUGCCCAUCCCAAGCUGUUGCUCCGUCGGACGGAGUCAGUGGCUGAAAAAAUGUUGACCAAUUGGUUUACUUUUCUGCUGCAUAGGUUCCUCAAGGAGUGUGCUGGGGAGCCACUGUUCAUGCUGUUCUGUGCUAUUAAGCAGCAGAUGGAGAAAGGCCCAAUAGAUGCCAUCACAGGCGAGGCGCGCUACUCGUUGAGCGAGGACAAGCUCAUUCGCCAACAGAUUGAUUACAAGACCUUGACGUUGUUAUGUACCCCUCCUGAGCCACCCGGGGGACCUGCAGUGCCUGUCAAAGUAUUAAACUGUGACUCGGUGACACAAGUGAAGGAGAAGCUGCUGGAUGCUGUAUAUCGAGGGGUACCCUAUUCGCAGCGCCCACGAGCUGAAGACAUGGAGCUAGAGUGGUGUCAGGGUGCUGGGGGCCGGACCAUCUUGCAGGAUGAAGAUGCCACAAGUAAAAUUGAGGGAGACUGGAAACGGCUCAACACGUUGGGACAUUAUCAGGUAACAGAUGGCUCCACGGUGGCCUUGGUUCCUAGGCAGGCCUCAGGCUACAAUAUUGCAGGCUCCUUCACUUUCACCCAUUCGCUGAGUCGCUAUGAGAGUUUGUUGCGCACCUCCAGCAGCCCAGAGAGCUUGCGCUCACGAGCUCCCAUCCUCACUCCAGAUCAGGAUUCAGGCACCCGCCUCUGGCAUCUGGUCAAGAACCACGAGCAUCUCGGAGACCCUAAGGAAGGGGAGCGAGGGAGCAAGAUGGUUUCUGAGAUCUACCUCACCCGGCUCCUUGCCACCAAGGGCACAUUGCAAAAGUUUGUAGAUGACCUGUUUGAGACAGUGUUCAGCACAGCACACCGGGCCAGUGCCCUUCCCCUGCCCAUCAAAUACAUGUUUGACUUCCUGGAUGAACAGGCAGAGCGGAGACAGAUUGGUGAUCCUGAUGUUCGACAUACCUGGAAAAGCAACUGUUUGCCCUUGAGGUUUUGGGUGAAUGUCAUCAAGAACCCACAAUUUGUUUUUGAUAUUCACAAGAGCAGCAUCACGGACGCUUGUCUCUCCGUUGUGGCCCAGACCUUCAUGGACUCGUGCUCUACCUCUGAGCACCGUCUGGGCAAGGAUUCCCCUUCGACAAAGCUGUUAUAUGCCAAGGACAUUCCUGUUUAUAAAGGCUGGGUGGAAAGGUACUACCGGGAUAUCACCAAGAUGGCUUCCAUUAGUGACCAAGACAUGGAUGCCUACCUAGUAGAGCAAUCCCGUCAGCAUGCAGGGGAAUUUAACACAUUGGGUGCACUGGGAGAACUCUACAGCUAUGUGGGAAGGUACCGUGAUGAGAUCCUGACGGCGUUGGAACGGGAUGCUGCCUGCCGGAAACACAAACUGAGGCUGAAGCUGGAGCAAGUCACCACUCUUGUUUCUGGAACAAGCUGAGGAUGCUGGGAGGGGGCAGGAGGGCAAAGGGAGGGGGCAGCAGGCAUCCAGGAUAGGUGCCUCCAAAGGGACUCUACCUCCAACUUGGCUUGUGGCCCCACAAAGGGGAACAGACUUGACCUUUUGAACCCCCCCAGGGGCAAGAGACCCGUGACCUUUUCCCCUGGGGUGGCCGAAAGCCUCGAUGGUGCCUCCCCUCUCCAGCCUUCAGUCUGGAAGCAAUAACAAGCACCCGCUCCUCUGCCUCUGCCUUGGGAGGGGCCACCCGGAAUAAGCAAUGAGGUUGGGGUGCAGCCUGAUGAUGCCCCCUCCCCCUCAAGCUGGCAGCUAAAUGGAAACCCCCUCACCCCAAAUGUUUGUGGACCCCUUCCUUCAAUCAUACCGAUCAUCCCCUAAUCCCCACUCCUUGUUGGUAGCUGGUGGAAUCUGCCCUUGUUCUGUUUUUGGUAACCAUGGCAAUUGGAUAUUUUUAAUCUUACCUGACAAUGCUCCCCCCUCCCAAACAUUCACUCCUAUCCCACCUGUUGUGCCCUCACUGGGUGCAGUGCCUUACUCAUUAAUUUAUUAUUGCAUCUUGUUAAGAUUAUUGGCUGUAAAUGAUUCCAUUCCCUGGGUGUAGAGAUUUCAGUGUAAAAAGUCCUCCAUCCCACCCACCCCUGGCCCUUUCGUUCUUAGAGUCUGUGUAAAUAUUUGCACUGCAGCCUGGAGGGAUUCAGUC